UGCAGCCAGGGGGCGCUGUCCUCCAUCAGAGCCGUCAUCAAACGCACGUCUGCCAGAACGAGCUCUCAGAGCGACCAUCAGCGAGAACGCAGGCGUCCAGAAAUCACCAUCCUCUCUGCUGAGCCGCUGCCGACCAAUAGCUGGUUCCCGGGGGCUUCUGGGGGGUUUCCUCCAGCCCCGCCCCCUCCCCCACCCACAUGGGCUGCUGGCUCUGCAACAGUGCAGCUCCCUCCUCCCUCCUAUGAGCAGGUGAUCAGAGAGAAGAGCCGAGAGCAGAAUAUUCAGCCUCCAAUAUCUUCAUCUCCGAUAUCUCCACCAACUUCAUCUCCAUCAUCUGCUUCUGCUCGUCUCUCCACUUCCAGCAUCGCCACACAGACGGACACGCACUCCCACGGCCCACAAUCCUCUGCUGCUCGCCCAGUUCGCAGACCUCCCAAACCGCCACGUCCCUCGCCACCCGUCCAAAAUCGAGACUCUCUGCAUGAACAGUGUGGCGUCCAGACCGACUUCGAUGAUGUCAUUGACGAUGUCACAUCCACAACCUCCACCCCCACUGACCUCACUCUCAUAGACUCCGCCCCCACAGUCCCUGCCUUGAUAGACUCCGCCUCCUCCCCGAUGGAUAAGGUCAUGAUAUCAGAUCCUCGUCCCAGACCUCGGCCGCGCUCCAGAAUAAUUCAACCUGAAACUACAAAUCAGCCAAUGACUAGAGAGGUGAAAGUUCAAACUCUGGUGCGUCUGAAAGACGAUACAGCCGAAAACGUGUUUGCCGGAUUUGACGACACUCCGUCUAAUAUUUCCAGCAAAUAUCUGGAUGAUCUGAUGGAGGUGUUCAGUCCUGACGAAGCUCCGCAGAGCCAGAUGAUUGAUGGAGAAGACGAUAUGAAAACAUCUGAAAACAGACCUCAGCCUCGACCCAGAACUCUGAAAUCCAAAACACAGAUCACAGCCAAACCUUCAGUCUUUGACGUGUUUGAUGGCGGAGAUCCUGAAGUCCAGCAGAAUCACUUCAGAAGUCCACCAGUGCCGGCGCCGAGACCUCAUCUGAACAAACCAGCACAAGUGUUAGAAAACACUCCUCCAGGCCAGCAGGGGGCAGCACUGAUGGCCAGUUUAUCUGAGAGAAGAAACUCAGACGAUCUGCUGCUUCUGAACAAACACCAGAGUCCAGCACAAGUUUUAGAAAGCACUCCUCCAGGCCAGCAGGGGGCAGCACUGACGGCCAGUUUAUCUGAGAAAAGAAACUCGGAUGAUCUGCUGCUUCUGAACAAACACCAGAGUCCAGCACAAGUUUUAGAAAACACUCCUCCAGGCCAGCAGGGGGCAGCACUGACGGCCAGUUCAUCUGAGAGAAAAAAUUCAGACGAUCUGCUGCUUCUGAACAAACACCAGAGUCCAGCACAAGAGUCCAGACCUGAAAACACUCCUCCAGGCCAGCAGAGGGCAGCACUGAUGUCCAGUUCACCCGAGAGAAGAAACGGCGAUGAAAAGGCUGCAAACACUCCAGCGAAGACGCCGACUGACAGAAACGCUGGAAAACGUCCGACUGUUCCCAAACACUCCCGUCCACCUCCACCUGUGCUCCGCAAGUCAGUGUCCACCUCACAGAUGACAGUGGAUGUCUCCAGCACUCCUGAAGCAUCAGUUCCUCCUCUUCCUCCCAGACCCAGUGGCAACAGACUCCUCCCCCUCCGCCCUCCUCCAAUAAAAGUGAACAGGCCUGCAGGCUCCUCCUCCUCUCCCAUUUCAACUAAUCAGCUGCAAGACAGCAGGGUUCCGAAGAGAGGCCCGCCCCUUCCGCCCCGCCCCAGACCCGGACACCCGCUGUACAAGCGCUACUCUCAGAGGAAAGAGCUUACAGAAGAUGAAGAGCUGAAGAAUCCUGACAAAGAGCAGGAGGAGCCAUCUGAGAAAACAUUGCAUG